AUGUUCGCUUCCGCACUUCUCGCCGCUCUUGCUAUCGUUCCCUCGGCUCUCGCCAAUGUCUACAUCACUGAGCCCAUUGCAACCACCUCCUGGCCCGCUGGCCAGCAGCAGACUAUCACCUGGCAGGAUAGCGGGGACUACCCGUCUCUGACACAGUUCGGCACCGCGUCGGUGGGCAUCUUUGUUGGGAACGCCCUUGUCCAGACGCAAGUGCAGCAGAUCGUCGCUAGUGUCAAUGUGUCGUCGACUACUUCGAUCGUCUUCACCCCCGACCCGACCAUAGGCCCCGAAUCGAAUGAAUACUUCAUCCGCUUCCAGUCGCUUAGCCUCCUCCAGAACGGUACGAACUACCCUGAGGAGGCCUUCUCCGCCAAGUUCGCGCUGAGCGGCAUGAGUGGCCAAUUCGAUGCGGCGGAGUCGUCCGAGAUCAGCGGCCAGUCCACUGCCCCCAUUGGCCCGACUACUGCCGCGUCUGCCUCGUCCACCGCGGUCGCCGUUACGUCCAGCACUCCGUCUGCGACAUCGUCCAAGGCCAGCAGCGCGAGCUCGGGCUCGCACUCGGCAUCCGCAACCGCCACGAGCAGCAAGUCCAACGGCGCUAGCAUCGUCGGCGUUAGCCCUGUCUCAGGCGCUGCCGGUCUCGCCGUCGCAGUUUUCGCCGCGAUGUUCUUCUGA